CAAACUAUUAAAGAGAGCGCCUGAGAGAAAGUACAAACAAAAAAACAUUCGGUAGAGGAAAUCCGUAGAUUAGACGAAACGAAUCUCCAAGGAAACCUCCUCCUUUCUUGGUAUGUGUACGUAUGCGGUGCCUCCAUCAUCUCUAGCGAAUGUUUCGUACUUUGAUAGAUACUUCGUGUUAAGCAAAGCUCACGUUUUAGUGGUUUCUAACAUCAUCCAUAACCGAGGACGAAGAUGCAGCAUGGUGGAAACAAGAGUGGGGGGAAGUCCAAUGUGUGGGCUAACGCUAAUUUGACUAAGACAAUGGCAGCUUUAGACGAGUUCAAAUCUGGAUUCCCAUCAGGCGGUUUAACAACUGUAUCAAACAAAUGGUGGGGAAGGCCAGAGAAAGAUGGUGGAGAAGAGAUUACUGAAGAUGAUGUCAAGGACGAAGCAGCUUCGGAGAAGCAAAGUUCUUUGGUAGCUAUUAGGAAAAGAAUCGCGGAAGAAGGAAGGGAAGCUGUUGAACAUGGUCUGCGUCAAGGAUUUGGUUCAAGAAAACCAGACAAGAGAGAUCAUGCCCUACUGUUUCAGAUCUUCGAGUCUUCACUGCCAAAGGAUUGGGUUACUGAUUCUUCCUAAAUUCGUUUUAAUAUGUUUAGAAAAGAGUUUUCCUCUUAAAAUUAUGCUCUGUUAUAUGUUGUAAUGCGCAAGUAGCCUGCAACUAUGUACUAUAUUUGUAAUCGAAAGGAUGAAGAACAUUCUGUAAUGUUGUAAUAGUAUUCACUGGGUCAUAGGACACCAAGAAACCAAUAAUGUAGUAUUGCUUUGAGGUCAUUUAUCAAAGUGAUUUGGAAAUACAACAGAAAGACUUGCGAUCU